CUCAAGGCUUGGUUCCGGCGACAAUCAUUUACAUUUCAUUCCUUUGUUCCCUUGUUUGCUUGAUCUUUUCAUACAAUGGCGGGUGGUAAAGGAAGCGUCCGGAAACGCCAAAGCAAGAAUGGCGAUGCUUCCGCAAAACCGAACGGUUUGGGAACCCUCGCGGGCAAGAAUGAUUUCGCAUUGAACAGCGAUGACAAGACGGAAUCGGCUGCGACGACGUUGAAUUUGGUCAUCUGCGUGGCGGGGAUCUAUGCCUCGUUCUUGACAUGGGGAUUCCUCCAAGAACGAAUCACCACGACCAACUACGGCACCGCGACCAACCGCGAAGUCUUCCGCUACCCUGUCGUCGUCAACACCGUCCAGUCCUUCUUCUCCGUCACAUUGGGAUAUGUCUAUUUGAGCUUCACUCGAAAAUCCGCCUCCGACCUCCCCGUUUUUCCAUCACGCAAGAUCUUUUGGCCACUACUACUCGUCGCAAUUUGUUCGUCAUUAUCUUCUCCAUUCGGCUACGCCAGUCUCGCGCAUGUCGAUUACAUCACCUUCAUUCUGGCCAAAUCGUGCAAGCUGCUACCCGUGAUGCUGUUGCAUGUGACGCUCUACGGCAAGCGCUACCCUUUCUACAAAUAUGCCGUCGUGGCGCUCGUCACAGGCGGUGUCACGGUCUUUACAUUGUAUCAACCCGCGAGCUCCAAGAAGAAGAGUAGCAAUGGUAACAGUCUGUAUGGUCUGUUGCUGCUUGGUGUCAACCUCCUCUUCGACGGCUUGACCAACUCCACCCAGGACGACAUCUACGCGUCGUUCCGCCCCUACAGCGGGCAGCAGAUGCAGUGCGCGCUGAACUCGGUCUCCACUGUCCUGACGUCGGCUUACCUGUUAUUGCUCCCCUACAUUGCACAGACGGGCAUUGGAGCUGCAGUUGGAGUCGAUCUGACCGCUAGUGCCGGCGAACUUCAGAACGCCAUCUCAUUCAUCCAGCGCCAUCCGGCCGUUGGCUGGGACAUUUUCGGCUUCGCCGUCUGCGGUGCUCUCGGACAGGUCUUUAUUUUCAUGACCUUGUCUAUAUUCGGCAGUUUGCUCCUGGUCACAGUGACGGUUACACGGAAGAUGCUGACGAUGAUCCUGUCUGUUGUCUGGUUCGGACACCGUCUGAGUGGAAUGCAGUGGCUCGGCGUAGCGUUGGUCUUUGGCGGGAUUGGAGUCGAGGCGGAGUUGAGUAAGCGCGAGAAGCAGCGUAAGCUGGCCGAGAAGCGUAAGGCUCAGUAGUGAUUGUCGUCAUGAUAGUAGAGAAACUCGCAUCAAUCUAGACAAAACCAUAUAAUCAGAGAUUUUGUUUCCGAUCGGCA